AUGUCUACGCUCAAUAAUCUUCAAAUGGCCAACGCUGUCACGCCUCAUCAUGAUAUUAAAGUCAAACAAGAGAUUAAUUACGAUUCUAAAGCUCAUUGUAGAUUCUGUGCAGAACUUAGAAACAGAGACGAUCUGUUGGACUUAACUCUACACAAAGAAACAUACACGGAGUUUCAGAAGAUUUUAGAUUUUCUAAAAGUGGAUUUUGUAGAUUUAUCAUGGUCAGAUGAUCUACCAAAAACAACCUGUGAACCUUGUUCGACGGCGUUGAACGACGCAUUCUUUUUUUUCAAGAAGGUGAGACGGUCUCAAUUUUACCUUAAAUCAAUUUACGGUCGCACAAUGAAGACUAACACAAAAACUAAAGAUGCAGAAGAAAACCCUGUUACCCAAACUACAAAGACACAAGACUCUCCGAACACAUCAACCAAACAAGAUACAAGUUCAAGUACUAAUAACAACAGUCAACAGUUUAAUAAUGAGGUAGUAGAUUGUGCUAAUACUAAUAAUGAACACAUGGACAUUCUGACAGUUGAGCUACAAUGCGAUGAUUCUGAUUCGUCAAGUGACGCACGUGUGAAACGUGAAGGUCAGUAUGAAUCUCAGCUCAAGAAGAUACUGCUAAGUCGUAAGGCUAACACUGUUUACAGAAAACCAAGAACCAGGAAGGUUGUUGAAAGAAGACCCAGAGUUAUGAGAGGUUCAUGGAAUUUGUAUAAAUGGAUAUGUAUUCACUGUCAUGUUAAAUGUGAUACAAUGUAUGAAUUACGGAACCACACCAAGGAAAAUCACAACAUCUGUUACGGUUUCAAGUGUGUUGACUGUGAAGAUGAUUUCAAUACAUUUAACUCGUUCAUUGAGCAUGUGAGAAGGCACAGAUCAAACUUAAGAUAUUACUGUCAAUAUUGUAAUGAGCGAUUUGAAACGCACUCUGCCUGCUUUGAGCAUACGGCUAUGCACUGGGAAGGCACACAGAAGGUGUGCGAUCGUUGCGGAGAAGUAUUACCAGAUCAAUUGUCUUUGGAGCGACAUAAGCGCGCUUUUAAAAGGAAAGGGAUAGCUAGACAUUCCCGCCGGAAAGGUAUCGUGAUCGUAAAAGAGUAUAACGACAAAUAUGUCGAGCCAGAGGUGCUGAGAUCCUGGUCUGAUUACGAAUGGACGUGCUUGCAGUGCUGUGCGAGACAACCCGACUUGGAAUCGUUAAGGCAGCAUUCACAGCAGGUGCACAAUAAGUGCUUCUCUAUGAAGUGCGUUGACUGUCUCCUCGUCAGGACUUGCUUUAACAGUUUCGUUUCACACGUGCGAAGGCAUCGGCCACUGCUAAAUAAAUUCUGCCAAUUCUGCAACGCGUUCUUUAGAGAUCCAAUUCUAAUGACGGAGCAUCUGAAAACGCACACCGAUCUCCCCAUCCCCCCCUGCGACGGCUGCGGACAGAUCUUUGAAAACGUAGAGCAACAAAAAGACCACUUGAAAAGAUACGAUCCACCGCGUAGAUCCUCUAAGCUCACCAAAGCGGACUUGACCUGCGAGAUAUGCGACAAAGAAUUCACGACUAAAGCGACAUUGCGCAACCAUAGAGAGAUCCACGACGUAAACAGGGAGAAGAGGUACACGUGCGACUUCUGCGGCAAAGCCUUCUUCGACAACACAAACUUGAGGAAUCAUUUAAAACUACACAGCAAGAAAACUGAAGAAUGUCACAUAUGCAAUAGAAAAUUCCAUGCAAAACCUUAUUUGAAGAAUCAUCUGAAAACACAUAGUGAUGUUAAACCUUUCUCUUGCAGUGAAUGCGGCAAAAAUUUCAGAUUAAAGCGGCAGUUGCAGAAUCAUAUGCUCACCCAUACUGAUAUAAAACCUUACAAGUGCAUGGUAUGCGGAAAAGAAUUCAGGGUCGGUACCCAGUUGAAAGUACACGAAGUUCAGCAUACUGGUAUUAUGCCUUAUUCUUGCAAAUUCUGCGAGAGGAAAUUCGGGAACUGGUCCAAUUGCAACAAGCAUAUGAUUAGGAAACACGGCACACCGUUAGCGAAGACUAAAAUAACCGCUCAUGGUAGAAUUGCCAUAGAGCUUGUCCAACCUAAUAUAAAUAACAUGAACGCCCAACCUCAUGGAUCUGAUAUGAGGUUGGAAACAGGUGACAUGAGAUUGAGUGGUGACGCUAAACUGGGUACAGAUAAUAAUAUGAGAUUGAAUACUGACAUGAGAUUAGGUGCAGACACUAGAUUUACUUCAGAUAUGCGUUUGGGCACGGAUAUGAGACUUGACAUGGCAAAAUACACUUAA